AUGUUUAAAUUAAUAAUAUUUAGUUUGUUAAGUAUAGGUUUAAGUACAGCACAAAUUUUACAAAGCGGUCAGUGCAACCCGAAUAUUGUCCACGCAGACGAUUUUAACAUUGGCAGAUUUUCUGGAAAAUGGAACAGCAUAGAGGGAACACGCAGCCCUCUUCAAACAGGGGACUGCUCGUAUUUAGAAAUAAAUCCAAUCGGCAAUACGAUAAACGCUGGGACAAAUAACUUUAACGUGUACAUAAGGUCUCUUAAUCAGAACUUUCUAGAAGAGAUUACUGGAACUGCGACCGCACGGAAUGAGACUGCCACAUAUUCAAUGGUUUUGCCGACAAUUGAUAAAACUAUCGAUAUCCACGUCAUGCUAACUGACUAUGAAAACUUUGCCCUCGCAUACAGUUGUGAAAAUGUGGGAGUCAGUCAGAGAAACGUGUACAUUUGGCAACUGGGUAGAAGCACGUCUUUCCCCAGUGAAAUGAUCGUCAAUCUGAUGAACCAAACCAUUUUCACGAACUUCGGUUUGACAUCAAACGAUUUAACGAUGACAGACCACUCGGAGGCCGCUUGCUAUGAGCUCCCGGUGAUACCUCCAGGGCAAUCGGUGAUCCUGCCCGGACAAUGCGACCCCAAUACAGUAGUCGUGCAGAAUUUUAAUGUAUCACAGUUCCAAGGAGUUUGGCACCAAAUCGCCAGCUAUUACUCCCCAAACGCUGUUGGGACCUGCAGCAGAGCUGAAUACACAUUACAAGGGUCCGUGGUAAACGUGGUCAAUAGCGAAGUGGUGUCACAGAGCUUGUCUACCAUCAGCGGUACUGCCAGCAUCGCCAGUAGCGAUAACAGUGCAAGAUUGUUGGUCACCUUGCAAGUGGCUCCGGGAGUUAAUGUACAAUCGUCUCUCUGGGUGCUGGCGACUGACUAUCUCAACUACGCCGUUUCGUACACCUGCGAGGAUCUUGCCAACAAUCAGAAAAGAGUGAACAGCUGGAUUCUCAGCAGGACGAGACAGCUGCCAGACGCUGUCAAGGUCCAGGUGGACAACGUGGUCGCUUCAUACCUAGACCUGAACGACUGGUAUUACAUCCAAACGGACCAGAGCGAUGAGGCGUGUUUCUAUUUCCCAGAACCAGCGUUGGACAAAUCCGUCGUCUUUCCGGGACAGUGUGAUGAAAGCAUCCCAGUUGUUGCGAAUUUCAGUGUCAUUGAUUAUCUGGAUAUUUGGAACACCAUUGAAGCGUACCCGUCGGAAAAUGCUUUAGGAAGCUGUGGUAAUGCAAGGUAUACCCUUGGUUAUGGAGGCGUGGUCGACGUGUACAAUACAGAAGUCAUCAACCAGACCUUGCUCACCAUUGAGGGGACAGCUGUACUGGCGUCUACUGAUGGCAGCGCGAAACUUGAAGUCACUUUCCCCAUUGCAGGCACUAACUUUACAAUUUCAACAAACUACUGGGUGCUAGCCACGGACUAUGAAUCAUACGCCCUCGUUUAUUCUUGCAGUAAUAUCAACAACUAUCAGCGAAUAGUGUAUGCCUGGAAACUAAGUCGAACCAAGGAACUAUCCGCUAACGCCAGCACUGUUUUCGAGCAAACCAUGAGAAACAUAUCUGUAUUGGACGAACGAUACUUCCAAAAGAACGACCAGAGCGACGAAGCAUGCUUCUACUAUCCUGAGCCGAAGCCGAAUGUACCUGUGGUCUUUCGAGGACAGUGUGAUGAUAGCAUCAGCGCAAUAAACAACUUUAAUGCUAGCCAGUUCAUUGGCACAUGGUACGAGGUAGAAGCAUACCCCAAAGACAACCAGCCUGGCCAAUGUAUCAGCCACGAUUACUCCCUAUCGACUGCUGGCUUGGACAUCACGUCAUCAAGCGUCAAUGAUCAGUUCUUAAUAACGUCAAAUAGUACAGUAGCAGUCGGUGGGUCAAAUGGGCGACUUACUAUAACAAUUCCAGCCAAUGGUUCAGUGAUAACAAUUCCGUUCUGGAUACUAAGCGUCAACUAUGAGGACUACGCUCUAGCCUACAGCUGCGUGAACCUUAACACCGAUUACAGAGCAGUUUACAGCUGGAAACUUAGCCGGUCGACGGAGCUAUCAUCCGCAGCCAAUACCGCUAUUAACACGGCCAUUUCGAAUAUCGAUGUAUUGGACUCGCGUUAUUAUGAAAAGAUAGACCAUUCAGCUGAUGCUUGCUUCUAUUUACCCGAACUGGCUCCUGGCGAACCAGUAAUAUUGAACGGGCAGUGCGAUACCAGUAUCCUACCUGUGGCGAAUUUCAACGCUUCUAAUUACCAAGGUCGGUGGCGAUUAAUCGAGAGUUACCCCACUGAGUUCCAAACCGGCACCUGCAAUGAGGCUAGGUACACCCCUAUCGGUGGUGACCUUCUGGAAGUGGUCAAUUCUCAAGUCGUCAACGCUUCCUUGGCGUCCAUAGCUGGUACAGCAACAGUCGAUAGUGCAGGAAGGAUCACUGUCACUUUUCCCUCCACAUCAUCCACUGCGCAGCUUCUAGUAUUGGAUACAGACUACACCACUUAUUCCUUAGUGUACAGCUGUGAAAACGUUUCAAAUAAUGCACGAAGAGUAUGGAGUUGGAAGAUGAGUCGUUCAAGAAAUCUCACAGAAAAUGCUGUAGCUAAUAUAAACAGAGUGAUAAAUAACAUUCAAGUAUUGAACAAUAGAUAUUACGAGAUAGUUGACCAAUCGGACGAAGGUUGCUUCUAUUAUCCUUUACCUGGGGCAGGCCCCGUCGUAUUCCGAGGCCAAUGCGACUUGAGUAUUCCAGCGAUUAGUAACUUUAACGCCAGUGCAUACCUCGGUCUGUGGCAUACCAUUGAAUCCUACCCUUCGGUCUUCCAAGGCGGGUCUUGCAAUAACGCGUACUACUCUCUUGGCACUGCGAGUGACGUGAAUGUAUACAACACCCAAGUUGUCAAUGAAAAGCUGGAUGAAAUAUGGGGCACUGCUGAUUUGAUAUCCACUGAUGGCACAGGGAAACUUCUAGUGAGCUUCCCCAUUGCGGGCACAAAUUUUUCAGCUUUAUCAGAAUACUGGAUCUUAGAUACUGAUUACACGUCGUAUGCUCUCGUAUAUACAUGCGUAAAUGUUGAUGAAGAGACUAGACAAGUGUGGAGCUGGAAGCUUGGCAGAAACAAAACUUUGACAACGCCUGCUUUAGACGCGAUAGACAACGUCAUUAAAGACAUACCAGUGCUCGAUCAACGCUAUUACGAUGAGAACGAUCAAAGUCCAGAUGGAUGUUUCUACUACCCUGAACCAAAGCCCGGAGUCGUUGUUGUAUUCCCUGGGCAGUGUGAUGAGAGCAUACAAGCAGUUCCUAACUUUAAUUUAACAGAAUUCCAAGGCACCUGGUACGAGAUACAGUCUUAUCCGAAGGAACAGCAAACUGGGCAAUGUAUCAAUCAUGAAUAUAGUCCAUCAGGGACAAAUAGUUUAUCUCUCAUUACCUCUUAUGUUCUGAACCAAUUAUUGGAGUCGAGCACAAGUCAAGUGACAUUCACAUCUACCCAGGAUACAAGUGGAAAACUGACAGUCACCAUGAACUCGGGAGGAUCAGUUAUUAGUUUUCCGUUUUGGAUAUUAAGCACGGAUUACAAAGACUAUGCUUUGGCAUAUUCAUGCAUCAAUAUUGAUGAUGAUUAUAGAAGAGUGUUCAGCUGGAAGCUUAGUAGAACACAGGACCUGUCUUUAAAUGCAACCACAGCUAUUAACAACGCAAUAUCAAACAUUACCGUCCUUGACGAUAGAUACUAUGAAAAUAUCGAUCAAUCUGACUCCGCGUGUUUCUAUUUACCAAACCUUACUCCAAAUGAACCCGUGAUUUUGCCUGGACAGUGUGACCCUAAUAUUACAGUCGUUCAGAACUUUAACGUCACUAGAUACCAAGGUGAAUGGCGCAAUCUUGCUACGUAUUACGCUGAACAGCAGAUAGGAACCUGUAGUCGAGCCAAGUAUACUUUAAGAGGAGACGUUGUGGACUUGGUAAACAGCCAGGUCAUUAACGAAGCCUUGAACUAUGUAUCUGGUACAGCUACAGUGGCUUCAACCGAUGGCAGCGCUAAGCUUAAAGUUCAAAUUGGAAAUAAUACUGCGAACCUCUGGAUUCUUGACACUGACUACGAUACGUACUCCAUAGCGUACAACUGUUAUAAUUUACCAAACAACCAACGCCGAGUGUACAGCUGGAUCCUUAGCCGAACGUCGACGCUCCCUUCACAGGCUGUCACUAAUAUUAAUAGAGUUAUUGACAGCAUCGAUGUUCUAAAUAACCAAUAUUAUCAAGAUGUUGACCAAUCAGACGCUGCUUGCUUCUAUUACCCAGAACCUGAACCGAACAAACCGGUUGUCUUCAGAGGACAAUGCGACGAGAACGUAGCUGUAGUGACGAACUUCAAUAUAACAAAGUAUAUGGGACAGUGGUAUGACGUCGCUUCAUAUCCCUCGAACCCUCAAACUGGUACUUGUAACAGUGCCCAUUACACACAACGUGGUAGCGAAGUCGAUGUACUGAACACAGAAGUGAGGAACGAGACUCUAGCCACUGCUACAGCUGUUGGAAGAUUCGCAGGAGCGUCUAACAUCGCCAAGCUUCUGGUGGACUUUGGAUAUGGGGACAGUAACUACUGGGUGCUCUCUACGGAUUACACAUCAUACGCUCUGGUCUAUAGCUGCAAAAACAUCGACAGCGAACACAGACAAGUGGGCGCAUGGAAAUUGAGUAGAACAAGACGACUAGAAGCAGAUGCUGAGAUCGCUAUUAACAACGUAAUGGCGAACGUGUCAGUGCUUGCUCAACAGUACUAUAUCGCUAGAGACCACAGCAGUGUUGGGUGCUUCUACUACCCAGAACCAGAAGCGGGAUCACCAGUGAUUUUCCCAGGACAAUGUGAUACGACCAUCCAAGCAAUGCCUAACUUCAACUUCGAAAAUUUCCAAGGACUUUGGCAUGAAAUACACAAAUAUCCAACAAGCCGUAAUUACGGGCAAUGUAUUAAUCAAGAGUUCGGCUCUUUGUCUGGAAGCACCAUAAGGGUGGUGUCAAGACAUGUUGAGAAUGAGACAUUAUUCGAAAGCAUUGGUACUGCUACCGUCAGUGACGCUGCUGGUAGCGGACGUUUAACAAUAACAAUACCAAGUGACGAUGGACCCGUAACAAUUCCCUUUUGGAUCCUAAGAAGUGACUACAAUAAUUACACAUUAGCAUAUGGAUGUGUCAAUAUAAACCCAGAACAAAGACGAGUAUACAGUUGGAUGUUAGGUCGAAGGAAAUCCAUACCUACAUCGGUGUACCCCAUAAUCGAAGAAACAAUGAGCAAUAUUCAAGUUUUGGACUACAGAUACUUUGAAGAAGUGAAGCAAUCGGACAACGCAUGUUUCUAUUUACCAGCCCUCACCCCGAAUGAUCCUGUCAUAUUCCCCGGGCAAUGUGAUCGACAUAUCCCUGCAAUUAGCAAUUUUAACGCUACAAGGUAUGCUGGUCGUUGGCGUCUGCUAGAAUCCUAUCAAGCUGAUUUUCAAAGCGGCACUUGCCUUGACGCGACAUAUACUGUCCUACCAAAUGGGACAGUAUUGGUAGUAAACACACAAGUUGUUAAUGAAACUCUUGAUAGCAUCGAGGGUACAGCUGUAUCGGCUAGUAUAAGUGGAUCUGGAAAGCUUUUCGUGACCUUCCCCAAUUCUCCUGAACCGGGUAAUUACUGGAUUUUAGACACGGACUACGACUCCUUUUCCCUGGUGUACAGUUGCAGGAAUUUAGAAAAUAACAGAAGGAGAGUGUUUAGUUGGAAACUUAGCAGAUCACGUGAAUUCACAGCGGCAGAUAACAAUCGCAUGGACGCUGUCAUCGAUUCUAUAAAUGUUCUCAACAGCAGAUACUAUAAUAACGUAGACCAUUCCGACUCUGCGUGUUUCUACUACCCGGAAGCUGAUGGAAAACCCCUUAUAUUCAGAGGACAGUGUGACGAAAAUAUAACUCUUGUCAGCAAUUUUAAUGCGGCUGAUUAUUUGGAUACUUGGUAUGACAUCGAGAGUUAUCCGACUGGAUUCCAGUUUGGCACAUGUCCAACAGCAACAUAUACGCUAAAUGGAAAUGUUGUUGAUGUCUACAAUACAGAAGUUGUUAACCAAGUUCUGUCAUCGAUUACGGGUGUGGCUGUGCCCUACCCUGAUGGGUCUUCUAGGUUAACUGUGUCCUUCCCUAUUCCGGGAACUAAUUUCUCGACAGAGUCACCCUAUUGGAUACUAUCUACCGAUUACAUAAAUUACGCUUUGGUCUAUUCAUGCGUCAAUAUUGAUGAAGAGCAUAGAAGUGUGCAUAGUUGGAAACUCAGUCGGACAAGGACUCUAACAGAUGCGUCCAAUACAGAAAUUAACCAGGUCAUCAACUCGGUGCCAGUUCUGCAUCAAAAGUAUUACAAUAUAAGAGGCCAUACAGAUGAAGACUGUUUCUACUACCCAAAUAAUUUUGGCGGUCCAGUUAUUUUGGACGGAGAGUGUGAAUCGAGCACAAUUGCAGUCCAAAACUUCAAUCUUACUGCAUUCGCCGGUACUUGGCACGAGGUUUCUAAAUUCCCAUCUGAACUCCCAUCAGGGGAAUGCGUUACCAACAAAUACGAGGUUCUUGCCAACCAAAAUGCCUUUACUUUAACAAAGACUUUCGUCACAUAUGAAAAACUUACCGUGGCUCCUGGAACUGCUACCGUAGCUGCUGAUGGCAGAGGAAUAUUGGAAGUUAAACUAUCUGGUGAUAACGUUUCCUACGAGACCACUAUGUACGUCAUAGAUGUUGACUACGAUGACUAUGCCUUGCUCUAUGGUUGUAGAAACCUUGGAAAUAACACCAAACAGAUUUACAGUUGGAUACUCAGUAGAGACCAGGCUGGGCUAUCUGAACCUGCUGCCGCUAAUAUAGAUAAGAUAGUGUCAGAAACGAAAGACUUAUUCGAGGGUUAUUAUGAAAAAACUGAUCAAUCAAUACUGGGAUGUUUCUAUUAUCCUGAAUUUGAAGGAACACCAGGACAAAUUGUGUUGCCUGGACCUUGCGAUAAUACUAUUCGAGGCAUUGCAAACUUUAAUGCUGGUGGGUAUUUAGGCAAGUGGUACCAAUUAGCGAGUUACCCUCAACCAUUUCAAGAUGGCGAUUGCGCUCGCGCCUACUACAGCACGACAGAUGGCGUUGUCGUCUCCGUUAUGAAUACCCAAGUAACCAAUCGCACGCUAGAUGUCGCUUACGCUACUGCCGUAGUGGCAUCCACUGACGGAAGCGGCGUCCUCGAGGUCACCUUCAAUUUCCCUGGAUUUUCUACGGUUUCGAAUUAUUACAUUCUGGAUACUGACUACGACAAUUACGCUUUGGUAUACAGCUGUAGAAACAUAGAUGAUGGAAAGAAUAGACAAGUAACCAGUUGGAAACUGAGCAGAGACAAAACGCUCGCUCCCCAGUUUGAAGCGGCAAUGAGCACAAUCAUCAACAACACCCAGGGACUGCUGGAGUCGUAUUAUAUUCCAAGUAGCCAGUCUGAUGAAGCUUGCUUCUACAUACCACAAGUGGACAGAGACCAAGCCCCAGUUUUCAGAAGUCAGUGCGACCCUGUAGAAGGUGUUCAAGGAUUCGAUAUACAGAAGUACUUGGGCUGGUGGCAUGAGAUCGAAGCGUACCCGACAGACUCCAACCCUGGCUCCUGCGUAAGCUCUGAAAUCCGAGCAUCUGGCUCAACAUAUCAGUUAAUAGAGACUGGUGUUAAAAACAACAACGCGACCGUGGUUGUGAGCACCCUCACUGCCAGCAGCAAUGGAAGAUUAAGAAAAACAUAUAGCGAUGGACGAGUUGUUGAUAUCUGGGUUCUUGCGACCGAUUACGAAACAUACUCUCUUCUAUACUCUUGCGAAAAUAUAAAUGCUGAUUAUAAACGAGUAUGGAGUGCAAAACACAGCAAAGCGCGUGCUCUGUCGCAGAAUGCGCAGAACAUAAUGUCAGAAGUUAUAGCCGAGAGACGUGUCCUCGAACCGCAAUUUUACCUACCAGUCGACCAGAGCGAUGGAGCCUGCUUCCACUAUCCUGAACCCACUGGGAACCAGGUCAUCUUACCUGGACAAUGUGAUCAGAAUAUUCCAGUUGAAAUGAGAUUUGAUGCUGCACAGUACACGGGUACUUGGUACCAAACGCAAAGGUAUCCUCAACCAUGGGAGAGAGGCAACUGUACUGGGGCGAGGUACUCUUUGGACACACAAACUGGCGUGGUGACUCUCGUCAAUUGGGAAGUGGUGGACGGAGAAUUGGACACCAUUGAAGGAACUGCUGUUAUCAGCUCCCUCGAUGGGAGCGCGAGACUGAUCGUGACUCUUCCUAUCCGUGGAAUGAGCGAGCCCCAAUAUACCACAAUGGAAUUGUACGUGCUAACAACAGAUUAUCUUACUUAUUCGCUCGCAUACAGCUGCGUCAAUGUCGAUCCUUUCCGUCGUGCAGUCUCCGCGUGGAAACUCAGUCGAACUCGUUCAAUGACACCUGGCGGAGAGGCUGCCAUUGAAACAUACAUGCGAAAUCGUGAAGAAUUCAACAGUAAAUACUUCAUCACCGUGGAACAAAGUGACGAAUGCCCUGAGCCAAGCUCCGCGAGAUUAGUGAAAAGCAGUAUUAUUGUAUUAUUUGUUAGCAUAGCUCUAAUGUAUUUGUCAUAAAUGGUAUUAAUAUAAUAUUACAUAGUGUAAUUUGUUAUUAUUGCGUCGAGGACGUUGAGUGAGCA